GAGUAUUUAUGGUGCAAUUGAAACAAACCUAUAUCAUGUUUGUGAAAACUAAAUCAUGUCCAAAAGAUGUGGGUGAAUGGAAAACUCGUGAAAAGAACUUUAAUUGUUCUUAUCCAAAAGAAGUUUAUCAUUGUUUAUCUGACGGAUACGGAAGUUUGGGAGAAACAUGUAUCAAAGGGCUUGCAAGCUGGGUUGAGAAAGAUUACUGUCCGGAGUACAAUAGAGACACCAAUAAUGUGAACACUGUUCCCUGUCAUGGGACAACUGACUGUCCAAGUGAAGUAUUCAAAUCCAAUGAGGUUUAUAAAUAUCCAGUUUGUGUACAGGAAGGUACAACUUUAAUUGAUGGUGGACCCUCAUCCUUGCCGAAGGAUAUCAUAGCACUGAGCGUGGUAGGGGGAGUCCUUUUAGUUGUCCUCAUUGCGGUGGCUCUUCUAUGUUACAGAAAGAGAAGAUCACAGCAAACCCGAAAUAGAAAAGAAGAAAACAUCCAUUUACUAUCUCGAGAGAUACUGCCGUUCUACAAAACUUCAAUAUUCCACAAAGCAAAUGCUUUUCUUAAAGACGGUGGUAAAAUUCUGUGUUUGAUUGGAGACUGGGGAUCUGGGAAAUCGACAACAGCCAAAGAAGUUUAUAUGUCCAUUACUGGAAGAACACCAGUUGUUAUAGAGGACAUACUGAAGUUUGAUGUGAGUACUUGUCAGGACUCUAUCAUCGUAGAGGAACCUUUACCAAGAGAGAAUAUUUCCGAUAUAGAAACAAGAGAUAUUGUGGAAAAGAUAAUCUCUGUUUGUAAACAAAUACAGACAUCUAAUGACAUAUUUCUAAUAAUCACUUCAACUGAGGAAGCCUGGGGAAAACUUAGAGGAAAUAUUAAGGAUUGCGUAGAACAAAGUAAUGAUUUAUGUUGUCUUGAUAUAAAUUAUAAGAGUUUAACAGACGUAGACCGGAUUCAAAUCCUUCACACCAUCUUCGAACAUUACAAUCCAGAUAUACCGUUUUCUAAUGUAGAACAAACUGCAUCAUCAAAGAUGCAGGCUCAAUCAUUUGGUUUCCCAGAAAUUUGCAUAUUGUUGUCAAGAUGUAGAGAAUUUCAAAAUAGUCCUUCUGUGUUUCUUGGUAGACCAUUGCGUUAUUUAAGUUCAUAUUUAGAGAAAAUGACUAAAUCUCUAGAGGGAAAAGAAAAGUUUGCAAUAAUGGUAUUUAUGAGUGUAAAUGAUAUGAAAAUAGAUGUUAAUGAAUUGAACGAGAAGCUUAGGAAAAUAUUUAGAGCGUGUGGUCUCAAUGAAGACAAAAUUGUGCAGUUAGAAACGAUUAUACCAAAGGAAUUCGUUUUACAGGUAGAAACGUCAGUUUAUGUGUUACAACAUGAAAUUAUAAAGAGAAUAACUCUCAUAACAUUUGGAAAGUUUUACUUCUCAGAUUUACUUAGGUUUUCUUCGAAAAAAGAUUUGGUAGGUUGGAUUAAGAAGAAACAUAUUUUUACACCAUUGGUGGAAGUUAAACAAAAAGCGUCGGAUAUAAAACCAGUUCUUGAAAUUGAUGAGGAACAAUGGAUUGAAUAUCAGGAGAAAAUGGAGACUACAUCUCAAUCAAGAUGUGAGAAAAGUGAGAAAACAAAUGACAAACAUGAUAUUGACCUCUAA